UUUUUCCCCCCGCGCUGCCCGGGGGCGGUGGCGCCGGGGCGGGACCGGGGGCGGCCCCGGAGCGGCGGCGGGAGCGGCGGAGCGGAGAUGCCGUACCUGCUCAUCAGCACCCAAAUCCGCCUGGAGGCUGGUCCCACCAUGGUGGGUGACGAGCACUCAGAUCCCAACCUGAUGGACUUCCUGGGGGCCAGGAAGAGGAACAUGCUGGGCAACAACUUCUGUGAGUACUACGUGAACGACGCGCCGCGCGUGGUCCUGGACAAGCUGGAGAAGCUCGGCUAUCGCGUGGUCAGCAUGACCGGCGUGGGCCAGACCCUGGUCUGGUGCCUCCACAGGGAAUAGCCAGGAAGAAUCCUGCCUUCCACCCAGCCCAGAUCCUGCUGGACAUCAUCUCUACAGGACUGACAGCGAAUUUUUCCCCCUUCAUUCCUUCCUGUCCCAGACUCCCGGCGCUCGGGCGGGGAGAGGAGCGGUGCAGAGGCAGAGCUGGACCCAGCGGGAUUUUGCCAUCCUUGUUGUUUCCCAAGAGCACGGGGAGGAAAGGAUGCCCAAAAAUCAGGCAGAGGGAACAGAUGGCUCCAGCUCUGCCUUCAGCAGGAUGGCAGUCUGGCAAAUUCCAGCUUUUUACAUUUUAAUUAUCUAUUUAGCAUGCCUUGGAGGAAGCUCAGUAACAGACCUGUCUGCCUUCUCUCAGGCUGCCUGGAGAGGUCCGUGCCUUCUCCCGGGCCAGGGAGGUUACAGGGGGACACCAGGCAUGGAGAGCACCCCAUCUCAUCCCUGAAAUCUGAGAGGGAACCACUAUACCUACCCAGUGGUCCGAGAAUCCCCUUCCCUUGGCAGCAAGGCCCAUUUCCAUCCCACACAGGAUCGUGGUCAGCAGCAUCCUCAGACUUCCAGAUACCAGAGUGCCAUCCAAGCAUAACACAGGGUUCCCAAAAUAGCACAGAAAGGUGUUGUGAGCCCUAAUCCCAACAGCAGCAGUUGCACUGCUGGAAUGUUUAGAGCUAUGUACGGAUCCUGCUGUAGGGGUAACACCAAUAAAGCUUUGCUCUAAAGACA